CGGCCGCUUCCGCCCGGUCCCCCCGGAUCGUCGCGCACUCAGCUCCCGAGCCGGUGCCGGCGGCGGACUGGGGCCGCCAGGAAUGAACCAGGAGCCGGGCGCGCGCGGCCGGGACCCCGCCUCGCCCCUGUCCCCCCGCGUCGCGCCUCUCUCCGGGCCUGCGCCGCGCCCCCCACCGCCGCCCGGCCGGCCGCGCGCGCCCCCCGAGGCCGCCGGCGACUCCCACCAGCUGCUCCUGUUUCUGCUUUGGCUGCACUGAACGCCGCCCCGCGCCUCGCCAUUGUCCCCGCCGCCGCCGCCCCGCCAGCUGCCCCGGGCCGCGCGCCCGGAGGCGGGGGGCGCGCAUGGGGGGGCGCCGCUGAUGCCGCCGCCGCGACGCCCUCCGAGGCUGCGUCCCAGGAAGCGCGGUCCCCCUCGCCCCCCGGCCCGGCCCGGCCCCCCGGAUCGGAACGCGCCCCCAUGGAGGCGCCCGGGGUGGCCAAGGCGGACCCGGACCCUCCUUUGGAGAGCCAGGAGGAGACCUCCGACGGCGCGCCCGCGCCCGCGCCGGGAUCCGACGAACCGUCUCCAGACUCGCCCGGUUACCGGCUGCAGGACUUCGACACGCUGGCCACCGUGGGCACAGGGACCUUCGGGCGGGUGCAGCUCGUCCGGCAGAAGACGGGCAAGCAGUUCUUCGCGCUCAAGGUCAUGAGCAUCCCCGACGUCAUCCGGCUCAAGCAGGAGCAGCACGUGCACAACGAGAAGUCGGUCCUCAAGGAAGUCAGCCACCCCUUCCUGGUCAAGCUGUUCUGGACCUGCCACGAUGACCGCUUCCUGUACAUGCUCAUGGAGUUCGUGCCGGGCGGCGAGCUGUUCAGCUACCUCCGCAACCGGGGCCGCUUCUCCAACGCGGCCGGCCUGUUCUACGCGGCCGAGAUCGUGUGCGCCCUCGACUACCUGCACUCGAGGGAGAUCGUCUACCGAGACCUCAAGCCGGAGAACAUCCUGCUGGACCGCGACGGGCACGUCAAGCUCACCGACUUCGGCUUCGCCAAGAAGCUGGUGGACAGGACCUGGACCCUCUGUGGGACCCCCGAAUACCUGGCCCCCGAAGUCAUUCAGAGCAAGGGCCACGGCCGCGCGGUCGACUGGUGGGCGCUGGGCAUCCUCGUCUUCGAGAUGCUUUCGGGCUUCCCUCCGUUCUUCGACGACAACCCGUUUGGCAUCUAUCAGAAGAUUCUCGCCGGCAAAAUCGACUUCCCGAGAUACUUGGAUUUCAACGUCAAAGACCUCAUCAAGAAGCUGCUGGUGGUGGACAGGACGCGGCGCCUGGGCAACAUGAAGAACGGGGCCGAGGACGUGAAGAGGCAUCGCUGGUUCCGCCUGGUGGACUGGGACGCCGUCCCCCAGAGGAAACUCAAGCCCCCCAUCCUGCCCAAGGUGCGCGGCGAGGGCGACACCUCCAACUUCGAGGCGUACCCUGAGAACGACUGGAACACAGCCCCCCCGGCGUCCCCCAAAGACCUGGAGGCCUUCAAGAACUUCUGAGGGCGGCCGCCGCCCCAGCAGGUGCGUCUGUGCAGGACACGGGAGGAGUGGAGCCUGCAGGCAGCCUCGAAGGGUCGGUCCUCUCCCGGGUGUGCCGGACACUGCACCCCGGGGUCCCUCGCCCGCCUGUACAUAAAGGGAUCGGCCGGCACUGGACGCGCGUCGACAUUGCGUUAUUGAAGCAACUGGAAGCCUGCGCACAGUAGGGCCCCAAGCCGUCGUAGCGUUGACCGCGUCCUCUCGCGUGCGGUCCUACUGUGUGCACCUCUCGCCCUCUCCCCACAGACUCCGCUGGACAAGCUCGAACUGGACGUGUUUGGCUAUGACCACAGAGGGCGUGUGUGUACACGUGCACACGUGUGUGUGUGUGUGUGUGUGUGUGUGUGUAGGCGUGAAAGACUAUAGGACGCACACCGUACGGUCAUGUCCGUGCUCACAGGCCCCAGAGCCGGUGAUGUUUAGCUUUCAAAUUUCUCCCUCAGGCCCCGGCCGGUGUGGCUCAGGGGAUAGAGCGUCGGCCUGCGGACCCAAGGGUCCCGGGUUCGAUUCCCGGUCAAGGGCACGGACCUCGGUGGCAGGCUCCUCCCUGGGGCUCGUGCGGGAGGCAACCCAUCGAGGCGUCUCUCUCGCAUCGAUGUUUCUCUCUGUCUCGCCCUCUCUCUUCCGCUCUCUCUAAAAAUCCAUGGGGAAAUACCCUCAGGGGAGGUUUAGCAAAAAUGAAUAAAAAAAACCUAUUCCUCAGGAAUCUGUGUUGUCUUCGGAGAACAAAGCCCUAAAAGGAUGAUGGGUGCGUUUUUAUUUAAUUUUUUUUAUCACCUUCUAUGCAUUUUUUUAGCUCUUGGUGUAGCCAAUGUGUGUGGCCUUCUAUCGCUAACGUCUUUUCGUGCCUCCCAUCUGUCUGGUAACGUUAGGUCUUGAAACCAGAAGGAAACGGUUGAAUUUUAUUUAUUUUAAUUAUUACUUUUUUAAGUAUAUUUUUAUUGAUUUCAGAGAGGAAGGAAGAGAGAGAGAGAGAGAAACAUCGAUGAUGAGAGAGAAUCAUGGGCCGGCUGCCUCCCGCAUGCCCCCUACUGGGGAUGUAGCCCGCAACCCGGGCCUGUCGACUGGGCAGAAUUCGCAAAAAUCUUUGCAGCAAAAAGAUACGAUGUGUCCACCUCCCGCCUUCCGCUCCCAGAGAUCCUCAGCCCCGCCCACAGCCAACUUUCUCUAGGUGUCUAGAACGUUUCAUUUCGUGCUGCACAUCUAAACGUCAAGACCCGCGUGCAGCCAGUGGCGGGUUCCCCAGUCGAGCUGAACGUGGGACGACUUUUCUAGCGAAAAGAUGGCUGGUGCUGCUCAUUCAAAACCCUGUGUCUGCCCUGGCCGGUGUGGCUCAGUGGAUAGAGCCUCGGCCUGCAGACUCAAGGGUGCCGGGUUCGAUUCCGGUCAAGGGCACAUACCUCGGUGGCAGGCUCCUCCCCGGCCCGGGC